CUCUCGCUCCUUCAAACCCUCGCCGACACACAAUUGCUGAUCCUUUGGAGUGCGCUAUCCUUGCUUCCCCUCCUACUCCUCCUCCUCCUCCUCUCCUCCCACUUUGGCGGGUUCAUGUCAGAACAACUGUGCGUGGAUUGAUUCCGUCCGCUAAAGCUCCCCAACCAUCACAACUACCAAUGCAGACCGUCUCCAUUAUUACGCCAAGUGCAGGUUCAUGGUGUCUGAUGGUCGCUUGCCGUCAGAUAGGUAGCCGGGGAUAAGACUCAGCGGCGCGAUGAACCAGCCCACCUCCCUUCGCUCGCCGUCCCCUUCAUCGUCGAUCGAUCAACCCGCCGUUGAACUGACUCCCGUCGUUGAGAAGCUCAAGGUCAUCUGCGGUGAACAUGACAUCGACCCCUCACUAGCUGCGACAGCAACCGAAUGCCUACUCCGGCUUCGUCAUACCUUUAUCGACAGUGACCAUCCUCGCGAAGCGAAAGAGGACUUUCGACAUCUACAUGGCUUUCAGACGCUGCUGGAUCUGCUUCAGAAAGUCGCAGAAUGCUAUACCCCGGAUCGGUUAGCGAAGGAAGAAAGAAAAUAUCUCCUGGCCCUUUUUAAGGAUACAUUGGCGGUUCUGGCAGAGGCGUUAAAGGAUCAUUAUGGGAAUAAGAGAUACUUUGCGGCUCGGGUACCUGGAGGAGGGAGUGCGGCUCUAGAGGAAGCUCUUGCAUUCCUGGCCCAAAAGGUGGACUCCGUGCAGGGAGACAUAGAACAAUUCUAUGGUGGGAUUCUGGCAGCGAUCCUUUGCCAGGAAACCGUUGCCAGUAUAUUCACAACGUUGGACUCCAGAUUUCGAUCGGCUCCAGUGCUACUUCCCAGUGACCUCAAGGCGGAGGUUGAUCGAUGCGUAGGAACGUCAGAGACCAUCGAGGUAUCGGAUAUCUUGGGGCCUUUCAUUCGAGUAUGGUUGUCCCGGACUUCAUCUUCGUCGUCAGAACACCGUCUCCUUCGGUUAGCUGUACCGGCAUGUCUCUGUCAACUUGCCCUGCAUUCCCAGAGAAACAUCACCAUAAUGCAUGCUACAGGUGUGUUAUCGUGGAUCCUUCCACUUCUGGUCAGCGAUGAGCGUCUGGAACAGGAAAAGCUAUUAUACCGGGAGCUCGCGCGGCUGCUUUGUACCCAGGGGAUAAGCAAUCUGGAGGACGCAGUUUUCCUCUACCAAAAAGCCCACAGUUGCCCAAAGGUCUCGCGCUUGCUGGUAGAUGUUCUGAAGGCCUCUAAAGAACCUGCAUCCAUACAAUUCGAUCUCUCUCUGCAUGGGUACUGUUCCCUGGAGUUUUCUACUCUGGGGCGCUCGUUCCCCCCCGCAACUUCCUCUGGGUACACACUUUCAGUAUGGGCGCGCUUCGACCAAUUUGAUUCAAACACACAUACAACAAUAUUUGGGGCUUUUGACCCUAGCCAGACAUGUUUCCUACUUGCAUAUCUUGAGAAAGAUACCCGGAACUUCAUAUUGCAGACCUCGAUACGGGGGUCGCGCCCCAGUGUCCGAUUUAAAUCCAUCGUUUUCGAACCUGGUCGAUGGUAUCAUAUCUGUGUUGUCCACAAGAAGCCCAGACCGCCGUCGUAUUCCCGCGCCUCUUUGUUCAUAGAUGGCGAGUUUGUCGAGCAGCUGAAGAUAGAAUAUCCGUGUAUGCCUGCUGCAAUUGCUCCCAACCGAUCUGCUAGGGUCCAAGCAUUUUUUGGCACCCCUCAGGACCUGGCUAUGAGGCUGGGGAAGGAUGUGUCCACGUCUCGAUGGUCAUUAGCCAGUGCAAUCCUUUUCGAGGAAGCUUAUAGCGAUGACAUGGUUGCCGUCUUCUACAACCUCGGGCCCCGCUAUCAUGGCAACUUUCAAGACUGCCUUGGCUCUUUCCAGACAUACAAGGCUUCCGCGGCUCUGAACUUGCGCAAUGAACAUUUACACCCCGGUAAAGAAGAGCAGUCGGAUAUCGUUGUUGCUAUCCGGCGGAAAGCAAGUAACCUUAUCCGCGAGGCUUCCAUAUUGUUGAACGUUUCGCCUCUUGCAGUGCUAGACGACGACGACAGUAAUACCGUGGAUGAGUCCCGGCUGAUCAAGUGCUUAUCAAAGCAAGCCGCUAAGAAUCUACAUCAACUAACCAAGUCCGGAGGGAAUGCGAUAGUAGUUAAUGGAGCUACACCUGCUAUCAAUGACGCACUGACUCAGGCACACGGCAUUGGGGUCUUGACAGGUGACCCAGUAGUUGCGGUGCCACGCUCUCUGGAUGAUGCAGGUUGGCGUAUUGGGGGGUGUGCGGCUGUGCAUCUGAGCUUGCUCCAUGCAGCGGACACUGGGGAGUCGACCUUGCUAGCGGUCGAGGCACUGUACGAGGCAGUGCAAGACAACUGGAGGAAUAGCGAGGCAAUGGAAAAGGAUAAUGGAUACGGAAUCCUUGCGGUUUUGUUGCGCGAAAAGCUUGGUUUGCCGUCGGGAGCUGCUCCCACAACGUCGAAGACGCCGAGCGUUUGUGCCAGCUACGAGGAACGGUCUGCAUUAGCUCUGGCACUUCUCCGCUUGACGUUGAAAUUUGUUGGGUACGACUUCGAACAGCCUAACCGGUCCAUUAUUACAAAUCCGUUGGCGUACAGGGUCCUACUCGUCGACCUAGAAGUAUGGAGAGCUGGUGAGGCAGCUCUCCUCGAGUUGUAUUACUCUCAGUUUUGUAUAUUUGCCAGUGAAAGUAAAUUUCGCCGGUUCAAUGCAAAGCGACUUGCUCGCAUGCGCGUCAACAAGAAGUUACUCGAGGCCCUCAAGGUAGAGGAGUGUACCCCCGAAGCCUUGCGUCUAUACACUGCCGCUUUUGGAUCCCUCAUGGAGAGCAGCUUGUCGGCGGAUUUGCUUCGAUCAUUAUCUCUCUUUAUCACCUACGCUCUCCAUAAGCCAAAGGAGUCAAGUAAGCUACAGAAGAAGAAGAGCAUGAGAUUCAACGCAGGCAUGCGGCAGCGAGCGACUUCUGACUCGAAAGCUAAGUACGUGUCGAGCACUGUGAUUGCCACGGAAAUGCUUCGGAUGUAUUGUUCGUUACUCUGCAAUGCACAUGAUCUUGGCCCCAUAAAGAAGUUUGCCAAGGCUGUGACUAAUAAGUGGCUUCUAUAUCUAUUGUGUGAAGACGAACCGGAGAUUGUAAUUCUGGCGACAAAAAUCAUAGCUCGUUUGUUGGUCACUCAUGGCGGCAACUAUGACAAGAAGUUCACGGAGAAAACAGGGGGUUAUAUUAUCAUGCGGCAUUGCCUGCGAAGAUGGUGGAAAAUACCGGCCGUAUGGUCCAGCUGCUUUGCCAUAUUGUUUGGCCUAGACGUCGGUAAAAUGAUCGUUGACAGGCCCUUCAGUCAAAAUGGACUUUCGGAUGCCUUCCUAUCCGGCGGUCACUUGCAUAUAACAUUCCCUGAAAUUUUCCCAGUCAUCGCUGAGAUGAUGCAGAGUGCCCUGAAGAAGACAGUCUUGACUAACGAUAGCUCGCGGUCCGACGCACAGGGCCUUGCGCAUCUGGUUUCUAGUGGUCAAUCGACCAAGCAAACCAUGUUCUCUCACACGGCCGCAGCAACGGUGGCCGAAGAGCAAUUGCUUUUCAAUACAGUCACUGACUUCUUUGCUACCCUGCAUGUGAAGUCUCAAAGUUUUCGCGAAUUCACCACGCAGCCAGAGUACAUUCAGCAUCUGUUCUACGUGCUGUUUCCGGUGGUAGUUGGCUGCGACGCAACGAGCACGGAUGCUGAAUUAAACCCUCGUGCGGCUAGUCUUGAUUUUGGAGAUCAGAAUCUGGUUCUCCGCCCGCGCUCGAGAGGAGCCGCUUCUCUGCGAACAACCACCGUGGAGCAACCUGGAGCGCGCGAUGAUGCUGCUGGGGCACUUGGCCGCGGUUCCUCUUUUGUGCUUGUCUCAUCUGAUCGGGGAACCUCUCUACCAUCAUCCGCGCGCAUUAUUCACGCGUAUCAUCCGAGAAAGAUCGAGGAUGUGGGGAAUCCCGAACACCCCUUCGUCAUCAGCAUACUCAGUUUGGCUCUUUCCGUCUUCUCGGAGCAGUUAUUGGAGCGGAAGGACUUUUCUGGUCUUGGUCUCUACCUGAAAACGCCACCGGGACUGCUCGAACACCGGGCACACUUCAACUCGUGGGUGUUGAAAAAUUUCCUUUUGACUGUGCAAGAGGUCAUCUUUUCCAAAGUCCAGCUACUUGCAGAACCACGCGUGCUCACCAAUUUGGGACGAUUCAUGACACACCUUGGGGAGGCUGUGUUCGAAGGUUGGUUUGUUGACGGGGCGGCUGCAACUCUUGAAUUCGCAGGGGCAAUCCUCGAGUAUCUGCAACGGCCCGAUGUCUCUUGUCUCAAGAGUAUAAGGCUCUGCAGUCAAGCUGUGUCCACAAUUCGGUCGACUGUUUUCCGCGUCGUCUUGCUUCGGCUAUCGGAAGUCGAAGGCACGGAAGCUCUUUCGUUUCUGAGCCGCCUGUCCUACUGGCAGGUGAUUCUCCUUUCUGGUGACGCUCAAUCAAAUCACCUGCAGCUGCUAUGUUACCUCUUGUACAUCAAGCUAGACGACGGAGACGAGAAUGUGCGCCUGGCUGCAGCAGGGCUCUUCCGAAUUCUGCUAGUACAGAAACCUGCCGACAUGGCUACCAUACUUAGUCAAGCGUCAAUAACCCUACAAAAGCGGUUGUCUGCUGGAUUUGAAGCUCUAAUGGGUAUGGAUGAUGCGGCUUUCUUACGGUGGUUUAACGAUCGUGAAGAGGACCUACACUCUUUAUUCUUUGGUGUCAUAUCCAAGCAUUGGGAAGACUUCGUUCACGAAGAGAAUUCCAAGAUCGAGACUUCGUCGCGUAACCGAAUUUCUAAACGCCAGGAGAAGCUGAAGCAAUGGAAGCACAUAGAUAGCUUCGGUGACGAAGUGACACGCAAGCACCUCGUAACGUUCCCCCACUGGGCAUCGAACAUAUCAGGAUCGGAGUUUCUGAAGUUCCAAAGGGCGCUCCAGGACCACCAAGAUGAUGCAGUCUUCAUGUGGACGACCUUUUCAAAGCUUACAUUGGAUCUACGACGGUUCGGCGGUCUCCUGGCCGAGGAUAAGGAGCGAAAGUGGCGCUUGGAUCAAACAGAAGGACGGAGCCGUAUGCGCCUUCGCAUAGUACCCGAUGAGACGGAUGAGAGGCAAAAUUACCAGCCGAAACGGAAGGCAUCCGAGCCUCCCGUGAUCAAAAUUGACACCGACGUUCGACCUUCAUCCAGUGCUGGUACUCUUGGGUUGACCCCUACGGUCGCGAAUAAUGAGGCUGGAGAGGGUGCUUCGCAAGGCAUUUCGCCAGAUAGCCGGAGUAUGCUCGAGGAUAGCUUCGAAAUGAUUGAAGACCCGAAGGCUGAUCUUGAAGACUACGAGGACAAGAACCGCAAAGUCAUGCGGAGUCUCCAUCGUGGCGAUCAGGUUGAGGGUGUGUGCAACAUGUCUCGUAUCAUUGGGUUGGAGGCAUUCGAGGGGCUUCUGAUUCAAGGAAAGGAUCAUAUCUACAUUCUGGAUAACUUCUUCCAGAGAUCUGAUGGCGAGAUCGUAAACGUAUGGCAAGCUCCGUCAGACGAACGCGACCCUUACGUUCGCAUGAUUGCCGGCCGAGAAUCUAGUGAGCGCAAAGCACAGGAGCAUGAAACAAGAAGUUGGAAAUGGUCUGAUCUGAUCAGUAUCUCCAAAAGGCGCUUCCUUUUCCGUGAUGUGGCGUUGGAGAUCUUCUUCACCGAUGGGAGUAGCUAUUUGCUAACACUCAUCUCGUCGCGAGCCCGAGAUAUUCUAUGCAGUCAGCUCGCGACGAAAGCUCCCCAAGUGACCGGCAGUGUUGGCCACGCGCGUCCGGAGGAUGUUUGGAGGUUUGAAACCCUUCGCAGUCAAGACGACGCACCGCAAUCUCUCGGGUCAAAAUUUGCCAGCGUUUUCGGCCACUCUCCGCUCUAUCCAGCUACGCGCAAAUGGGUCAAGGGUGAAAUCUCCAACUUCCACUACCUUAUGCUGAUCAACACACUUGCUGGGAGGACGUUCAACGACCUGACUCAGUAUCCCGUGUUCCCAUGGGUGCUUGCCGACUAUACAAGUGACGAACUGGAUCUGAACGAUCCUAAAACGUUCCGUGACUUGUCCAAGCCCAUGGGCUGCCAAACGCCAGAGCGAGAGGCGGAGUUUAGAGAACGGUAUAAGGCUUUCGCCGAGAUGGGUGAUGACGACGCUCCUCCCUUCCACUACGGGACGCACUAUUCUUCUGCGAUGAUCGUGAGCUCAUACCUGAUCCGACUGCAGCCUUUUGUCAAAUCCUACCUUCUCCUUCAGGGAGGUACGUUUGAUCAUGCCGACCGCCUCUUCUACUCGGUUGGAAAGGCGUGGGAAUCUGCGUCACGCGGCAAUAUGUCGGACGUACGGGAGUUGAUACCCGAGUUCUUUUACCUCCCUGAGUUUUUGGUGAAUUCGAAUAAGUACGAUUUCGGGCUCUUGCAGAACAUGACGACUGUGAUUGACUCGGUGGAAUUACCGCCCUGGGCCAAAGGCGAUCCCAUGAUCUUCAUUGCUAAACACCGGGAGGCGCUCGAGAGUCCGUACGUGACCCAGAACUUGCACCAUUGGAUCGAUUUGGUAUUUGGAAGCAAGCAAAAGGGAGAGGCCGCGGUCGAGGCAGUAAAUGUCUUUCACCAUCUGUCCUACCAAGGUGCCAAGGACAUCGACUCUAUUGAUGACCCCGUGGAACGCCUUGCCACGAUCGGUAUCAUUCACAACUUCGGGCAGACACCGCAUCAAAUUUUCAAUCGGCCUCACUUGCAACGCGAAGACCCCGGACAUCGAACGCCCCGACUGGAUCGGCUUGCCGAAUCGCUGACACAACAGCCCCUUGCGAUUCUUGAUAUCGGCGAACGAGUGGCCACCUUAUCGAUGAAACAAGACCGUCUGCUGUGUGCCGCUGCCUUGCGACUCAACAUCCCCCCUAGCUACGACAAGUAUAUGGAGUGGGGAUUCUUUGACGGCAGUGUUAGAUUCUACUCUGCGGAUAGCCGACGGCUACUGGGUCACUUUGAGCAUCUUCAUAUCGGCCAACUGUCCUGUGCGAUCUUCGCAGAUUCUCGAACGUUGGUAACCGCCGGCGCCGACUGUACGGUGUCGAUCUGGACCUUCACCUCAUCCAUCAAGUCGGUUGAUCUACAGCCCACGGGGUCACUAUUUGGACACCGCUCCCCGGUGACUACGCUUGCGGUGUCACGGUCAUUCAGUACGCUUCUGUCGGCAUCCACGGACGGGCAGAUUAUGCUUUGGGAUCUCAAUCGGCAGUGUUUUGUACGGGAACUGCCAGGCAGCGGGCCUGUCGAUUGUGCUCGGAUCAACGAUGUGACGGGAGAGAUCAUGAUUUGUCGACGCGACCGAGUCAGCCUCUACACGCUCAACGGGUCACUGCUCCUGGAACAGAUCCUGUGCGAUUCAGUGGACGACUCGAUUAUGACAUGUGUCUUCUACGAAGGGGUGAACAAUGAGUGGCAGGAGCGCGAGCUGCUGUUCACUGGACACCGAAGAGGCGUCGUCAACAUUUGGAGCAAGAUCAUCCAUCACGGACGAUUCGAGUUGGAGUUGAUCCGGCAACUGCACCAUGUGGACAGUCACCGCGACAAUGGAGCCAAUAUCUCGGCGGGAAUUAGUUGCAUUAUGGCCCAGCCACACGUGGUGUAUACUGGCGAUGAACUGGGACGAGUGUACGAAUGGAGCUGUGUCCAGCGCCGGUGAGGAGGGCCAUUGUUGUCAACUACUUUACUGUGAUCUGUCUACCACCGGGGAAAAAGUGGACUCCGCGGAGGGCCUCGGAUCGAGUCCACGGAGAAGGAGGUCAUCGUGGGAUGGACCUCGUCUCUUUCCCAGGUCGGUGCCCCACCAAACCUCCGGGCAUGUUUGAUGCUCUUGUGUCUACCGAUAUUGUAUGCGCCGAGUAUUCCAAUCCCGUAAACAUAUCUCUCUUGUCAAUAUGCUGCCUGUCUCAUACUGAAGACGGAAAGAACGCGCUGGAGAGGUGCGAGCGACUCCAAUUGUAAUUGUUGUCGUAGCAAAUGGGCCGCGGAGCUAGAAUAGUUGACCGUGGGGGAGAACCGAGCUACUGUUUUAGAACCGUUACCUACUUUAGUCAAAUGC